AUGGAUGCAGAGAACCUGCCAGUCAUCAACAACUACUUGGAUGCCGGUGAGGCCCGUUUGAGCCGCAUGCACUUCCAUGACAACCAGAGGAAAGUCGACUAUGUGCUUGCCUACCACUACCGGAAACGUGGGGCCCACCCCAGUCACAGCUCCCCUGGCCACGCACUGGCCAUCGUCUCCAAUGGGGAGAUGGGCAAGGAGCCCCAUGCUGGGGGCCCUGGUGACAUUGAGCUGGGGCCGCUCGAUGCCCUGGAAGAGGAGAGGAAGGAGCAGCGGGAGGAAUUUGAGCACAACCUGAUGGAGGCCGGGCUGGAGCUCGAGAAGGACUUGGAGAGUAAAAGCCAAGGAUCCAUCUUUGUCCGGAUACAUGCCCCGUGGCAGGUGCUGGCCAGAGAGGCAGAAUUCUUGAAGAUCAAAGUUCCUACCAAGAAAAUGUACGAGAUCAAAUCAGAAGGCUGCAUUGCAAAGAAAUUCAACGAGAUUCUGCAGAAGUUGAGCUCACCCCUGAAGCCCAGAGUUCCAGAGCACGGUAACAACAAGAUGAAAAACCUGUCCUAUCCAUUCUCCAGGGAGAAAAUGUACCUGUACAACAUCCAGGAUAAGGACACUUUCUUUGAUAAUGCCACCCGUAGCCGCAUUGUGCACGAAAUCCUGAAGCGCACAGUCUGUUCUCGAGCCAACAACACGAUGGGUAUUAACUCUCUGAUAGCAAACAAUAUCUAUGAGGCUGCCUACCCUCUUCAUGAUGGUGAAUAUGAUAGUCCAGGGGAUGACAUGAAUGACAGAAAGCUGCUGUAUCAAGAAUGGGCACGCUACGGAGUGUUUUAUAAGUUUCAACCCAUCGACCUCAUCAGAAAGUAUUUUGGAGAAAAAAUUGGACUGUAUUUUGCCUGGCUGGGAUUAUAUACAUCAUUCCUCAUCCCAUCUUCUAUAAUUGGGGUGAUUGUAUUUCUUUAUGGAUGUGCAACAAUUGAAGAAGAUAUUCCCAGCAAAGAGAUGUGUGACCAGCAGAAUGCCUUCACCAUGUGUCCCCUGUGUGACAAAUCCUGUGACUAUUGGAACCUCAGCUCAGCCUGUGGUACAGCACGGGCCAGCCACCUGUUUGACAACCCUGCCACUGUCUUCUUCUCCAUCUUCAUGGCUUUGUGGGCUACCAUGUUUCUUGAGAACUGGAAGAGGUUACAGAUGCGACUGGGCUACUUCUGGGACCUGACUGGUAUAGAAGAGGAAGAAGAACGUGCCCAGGAACACUCCCGGCCUGAGUAUGAAACCAAAGUUCGAGAGAAAAUGCUAAAGGAGAGCGACAAAUCAGUUGUCCAGAAAUUGGGGACCGAUAUGACUGAGAGGGAGGAUGAGGAUGAUGAAGAUAAGCUCACUUGGAAAGAUCGUUUCCCAGGUUAUCUGAUGAACUUCGCCUCCAUCUUGUUCAUGAUCGCCCUGACAUUCUCGAUUGUCUUUGCGGUCAUUGUGUAUCGUAUCACAACGGCAGCUGCUCUGUCUCUCAACAAGGCCACACGCUCCAAUGUCCGGGUGACAGUGACAGCUACAGCGGUCAUCAUCAAUCUCGUGGUCAUCCUCAUCCUGGAUGAGAUCUAUGGCGCCGUGGCCAAGUGGCUCACCAAAAUCGAGGUCCCCAAAACAGAACAGACUUUUGAAGAACGCCUGAUACUCAAAGCUUUCUUGCUAAAGUUUGUCAAUGCCUACUCUCCCAUCUUCUAUGUGGCCUUUUUCAAGGGGAGGUUUGUGGGAAGACCUGGAAGCUAUGUUUAUGUGUUCGAUGGUUACCGCAUGGAAGAGUGUGCUCCUGGGGGCUGCCUCAUGGAGCUCUGCAUUCAGCUCAGCAUCAUCAUGUUGGGGAAGCAGUUGAUUCAGAACAACAUCUUUGAGAUCGGAGUCCCGAAGCUAAAGAAACUAUUUCGGAAGCUGAAAGAUGAGACGGAACCUGGAGAAACUGACUCGGCCCAUUCAAAGCAUCCAGAGCAGUGGGACCUAGACUACAGCUUAGAACCAUACACUGGGCUGACUCCAGAGUACAUGGAAAUGAUCGUCCAGUUUGGCUUCGUCACCCUCUUUGUGGCCUCCUUUCCUCUGGCACCUGUGUUUGCCCUCCUGAACAAUGUUAUUGAAGUGCGGCUCGAUGCAAAGAAGUUUGUCACAGAGCUGAGACGACCAGAUGCUGUGAGAACAAAAGAUAUCGGGAUUUGGUUUGACAUUCUCUCUGGAAUCGGCAAGUUCUCUGUUAUCAGCAAUGCUUUCGUCAUUGCCAUCACCUCCGACUUUAUCCCCCGCCUUGUGUACCAGUACUCCUAUAGUCACAAUGGGACUCUGCAUGGCUUUGUCAACCAUACUCUCUCCUUUUUCAACGUCAGCCAGCUGAAGGAGGGAACGCAACCUGAAAAUUCACAGUUCGACCAGGAGGUUCAGUUCUGCAGGUUUAAGGAUUACCGAGAGCCGCCGUGGGCCCCAAACCCAUAUGAGUUUUCCAAACAGUACUGGUCUGUUCUGUCUGCCCGUCUGGCUUUUGUCAUAAUCUUCCAGAACCUGGUGAUGUUCCUGAGCGUCCUCGUAGACUGGAUGAUCCCAGAUAUCCCCACGGACAUCAGCGACCAGAUCAAGAAAGAAAAGAGCUUGUUGGUGGACUUCUUCCUGAAAGAGGAGCACGAGAAGCUCAAGCUGAUGGAUGAGCCGGACCCCAGGAGCCAGGGAGCGGGACAUCAGAGCAGGAGGAGCCGGGCGGCCAGCUCGGCACCCUCGGGCCGAAGCCAGCCGGGCAGCAUCGCGUCCUCAGGGUCUCAGCACACCAACGUGUGAGCGAGUCAGCCCCACCACCGAGAGGGCGCUGCAGCGGAGGGACCACGCACGAGCAUGUCUGUGCAUACACAUGGUGUGGUGUCCGUCCUCCGCCCGGAUCUGGCCUGCGGGGUCUUGUAAAGGGUGUGAGUGUGAAGAGAGGGAGAAAUUAGAGCAAGUGAGAGAAUGUGUGUAGGAAGGAAGAGAAAUGAUGCUGCUUCUCAGAAACUUCAAGCUUAAGUUUCUUUUAGGUCCUCUAUUGAGUUGUAUCCUUUGGGGGGAUUGGCACCCUGUUUUGAGUUUAUCGGUGAAAGAAUUGAGUCUCUGUACCCCGGAAUUCCCAGGCACCAUGAGCCUUCCCUAUGUUCUCUCAGGUACCUCCUCAUUUCAGGCAGCCCACAAGCUAUCACGGAAGCACAGUCAGAACCCUGUUCUAACGCCCAUCAUAAGUGGUCACCGACCCCCUUUCCUUCAUCACCCUGAGAAAACCCUCUGAGUUACUUGCAGCUGGGGCUGUCAUAGCCUCAGUGGAUGCAAAUUAUGUUCCAGGGCUGAUUGCUGUGGCCACUGGACCUGAUGGAGAGCAGCAAAGGUUCAAACCUGGGCUUGUCUUCAGUUCAUGUCAUGGAGAUGCUUUAAGCUAAAUGCAAUUAACCAUCAUGUUAUGCAGGUUAAGAUUUAAAAUAAUAAAAUAAAUGGAAACAUUCUUUAUAAAA